AUGGAGGAGGAUUUGUUCCAGCUGAAGCAGCUGCCGGUGGUGAAGUUCCGCCGCACGGGGGAGAGCUCGAGGUCAGAGGAGGAUGGAAUUUUGGGAGAGCACGAGGUGCAGAUCGAGGGGGUGAGGACAGAGCUGGAGCCCGUGGAGCUGGGGGAUGGAGCUGCGGUGCCGAAGGAAUUUGCCAACCCCACGGAUGAUACUUUCAUGGUGGAAGAUGCGGUGGAAGCCAUUGGAUUUGGGAAGUUCCAGUGGAAGCUCUCUGUCAUUACUGGAUUGGCAUGGAUGGCAGAUGCCAUGGAAAUGAUGAUUUUAAGUAUCCUUGCUCCUCAGCUGCACUGUGAGUGGCGCUUACCCAGCUGGCAGGUUGCAUUGCUCACCUCGGUGGUGUUUGUGGGAAUGAUGUCCAGCUCCACACUCUGGGGAAACAUUUCAGACCAGUAUGGGAGGAAAACAGGCCUAAAGAUCAGUGUGUUGUGGACACUCUACUAUGGGAUCCUCAGUGGAUUUGCUCCCAUUUACAGCUGGAUCCUGGUGCUGAGGGGCCUGGUGGGCUUUGGCAUUGGAGGAGUGCCUCAGUCGGUAACUUUAUAUGCUGAGUUCCUUCCAAUGAAAGCCAGAGCAAAAUGCAUUUUAUUAAUAGAGGUGUUCUGGGCCCUUGGGACUGUGUUUGAAGUGCUCCUGGCAGUGGUGGUGAUGCCCACACUUGGCUGGCGCUGGCUCCUCAUCCUCUCUGCCCUCCCACUCCUGCUCUUUGCUGGCCUGUGUUUUUGGCUGCCAGAAAGUGCCAGGUAUGAUGUGUUAUCUGGGAACCAGGAGAAAGCUCUGGCUACUCUGAAGAGGAUUGCCACAGAAAAUGGAGCUCCAAUGCCCUUGGGAAAACUGGUGGUUUCCAGGCAGGAGGACAGAGGCAAAAUGAGGGAUCUUUUCACCCCCCAUUUCCGCUGGACCACGUUGUUGCUCUGGUUUAUUUGGUUUUCCAAUGCUUUUUCAUAUUAUGGGUUAGUUUUAUUAACUACAGAGUUCUUCCAAGCAGGAGAUGUUUGCAGCAUAUCCAGCAGAAGGCAGGAAGUAAAAGCCAAGUGCAGCCUGACCUGUGAAUACCUGACAGAGGAAGAUUACACUGACCUGCUCUGGACAACCCUUUCAGAAUUCCCUGGUGUGUUGGUGACCCUGUGGGUCAUCGAUCGCAUCGGCCGCAAGAAAACCAUGGCCCUGUCCUUCCUUGUCUUCUCCUUCUGCAGCCUCCUGCUCUUUCUCUGUGUUGGAAGAAAUGUUCUUACUGUGCUGCUCUUCAUUGCAAGAGCUUUUAUUUCAGGAGGAUUUCAGGCUGCCUAUGUUUACACUCCUGAGGUUUAUCCCACAGCCACACGUGCUUUGGGCCUGGGAACGUGCAGUGGAAUGGCCAGAGUGGGAGCCCUCAUAACCCCAUUCAUUGCACAGGUGAUGUUGGAAUCUUCAGUCUAUCUGACUCUGCUGGUUUACAGUGGCUGCUGCCUGCUGGCUGCCCUGGCCUCCUGCUUCCUGCCCAUUGAGACCAAGGGCCGUGGCCUCCAGGAGUCCAGCCACAAGGAAUGGGGCCAGGAGAUGGUGGGCAGAGGAUCUCAUUCCCCAGGGGAAUCACAGGAAUGAUGGGACAUGUAAACCUGCUGGAAGAAUGAAGGAUAGGAGCAAGAUGUCUCACAAAACCUCUGAGCCUGAAGCAUGGAAAGCUGACCACCAUCACUGCCAACGUCACGUGUCAAACUGCAGGAGUUUGGGGUUGAACCUCAGCAAAUUGUGUUUCUGCUGUUCUUUGCUCACAUUCAUAAAAACUUUCUGGAUGGAGAGGCCUUUGAUGCAGAUAUCCUUGGAAGUUUAGCAGGAGGGGUUUCUCUUCAGUC